CCACGGCGAGGGCUGUUUUGCGUCCCAAUUCGAAUCUCUUGGAACCCAUCUAUCCUCUCUAGUACAAUGUUCUCAAUGACAUUUUCUCCUCUCAGUACUAGUGCGAUGCAUAUUUUCUUUGUUCACAAAGACAGUAUAGAGUGUUUUGUUCUGGACUUUGAUGAUAUAUGAAGGAUGGAUGGCUCUCCUUGAGUGGAUCUCUAAGGGGAGAGUGAAACCUAGUUCAAAAUUUUGGAUUGUAUUGUUUUGCUCUAACCUUUACAUAAAUCGUUCAGUCAGGUGAGCACUGAGUAUUGGCAAUUGGUUUGGCAUGUCAAUUUUUUUUCCUCGAAUAUUAAAAGGGGACCACGUCAGCUUUUGAUAUCUGCAGGACUGAAACUUCUUAGUUGUUAGAUCUUCCUCUCUGUGUUCGGGAGAAAGUUGUCAACCCUUUUAUGUCAACAAUCCCACGUCUUCAACUCUCAUCUCUUCGCCAAUUUUCACCUAUCACCGUAGAAUCCAAACCCACAAGAGAUGGAAGGAAAAAACCCAAAAGAAAUUGAGAAAAAAGACAUAGGGGAAGUGGAGAAAGAGAAAGAAGAAGAAGAUGAAGAAGAAGAAGAAACAACACAAGAACACCAUGAUCAAACCAUCGCAAACCCUCCCUUGCUGCUGCUACCUUCACCUCCCCAAUCCCAUGACCAUCCCAAUUCCAAAAGCCCACCGUCACCCUUAGAUUCCCCACCAGAUACCAACCAGCCAAAGAACCCACCGUCUCCGGCGCUAGAUACAAUCAAGUUAGUUGGUUCCAUAGGCCCAGACACACAUAGAGACGUCGAAUUCCAUGACCAUCCCAAUUCCAAAAGCCAACCGUCACCGUUAGAUUCCCCACUAGAUACCAACCAGCCAAAGAACCCACCGUCUCCGCCGCUAGAUGCAAUGAAGGUAGCUGGUUCCAUAGGCCCAGACACACAUAAAGAGGUAGAAGAAGGUGAAAGGAAACCAAGGCCAAAUCAGUCGAUACGGAGGAGAAGUAAGAGAAACAGUCUUGUCAGAAGGGCUUUAUUGGGGUUUAGGAUUUUUGGGUUUUUGUUUUCAAUGGUUUCCUUCUCUGUUUUGGUGGCUGAUAGAGAUCAGGGUUGGGCUAUCGAUUCCUUUUAUCGGUACAAGGAGUUCAGGUACUGUUUAUCAGUGAAUGUGAUUGCUUUUGUGUACUUGGGUGCCCAAGCAUUUGAUCUAGCUUACUCUUUGUCCACUGGAAACCAUAAGACCCGAACCCAGCUCCGUUAUUAUCUGGACUUCUCCAUUGAUCAGGUGUUGGCCUAUCUUCUUCUAUCAUCAUCAUCAUCGGCUGCAAUCCGAGUUGAUGACUGGCAGUCCAACUGGGGCAAGGAUAAGUUCCCAGAAAUGGCAAGAGCGUCUGUGACCUUUUCAUUUCUAGCAUUUGCAGCCCUAGCCUUCUGCUCCCUCAUGUCUGGUUAUAUUUCUCUCGAGUCCAUGUGAUAGUUCCUACCACCUCCUUGAUCUAUCUAGAUUCUAGAGAGCAAUCAUCCCUUGCCUGGUUGUGAUAGACUGCUCAUAGAAAAUGCAGACUAAAUAUUUUACUAUAUACAGUUAUUGUAUGUUUUCUUUGAAACUUUUGUCAAUGAUCACAUAAUAUAUUCAGUUGGACUGAUUUUCUUA